UGAGUUUUUGGAGAAUUUUUAGAAAUACACAGCAGAAACAGACAGAAAAGGACUGGAUUCUUGAAAAUAAAAGCCAAGGGAAAGUUAUUUAAUUCGUUUCAUUCUACAGGAAAAGUUGGGCCUCCUUGUCUUUCUCUUUGCGUGAGUUUUCACACUGGGGGAGAAAGUUGAUUUCCAAUGUCGAAUCAGAAAUUACAAUCAGAUCCAAUGGUGGGCUUAAGAUACCGGGGCGGCAGUUCUGCAUUGCCCUCUGUUUCCAGAUUUCGGAGUGGGCAUAUGCCCAUAGGGAUGACUGUUGGCAGAGUUACUGACAACUUAUCUGAGUCGGACAUGGAUACGUGUUCGGACUCGGAAGGAGAGUGUUAUGGUGCUCGUUAUUCACUUGAAGCAUCGCCACAAGAUGAUAAAAUCCCCAAUGGUAAUGCAAAACACAGUACUCUCUUGAGUGCACGCAAUGGUAAUGCUAGUGGUUUUGGAAACUAUUUGGACAGACAGGGAGGGCGAGGUGGUGGAUAUGCUGCUGCACACCGUGGUUUUGUCAAUGAUGAAUCAUCGGACUCGGUCUCAAGCUCGGAAGUGAGUUCUACACCACCCAGGAGCAACAAUGUGAAUGUACUUCAGAAAAAAAUUAAGCUGGGGCCUAAUUUCUCUGCCAUCAAUGUGCAGUCAAGUACUGAGACAUUGAAACAGGAUUGUCGCAAUGCCCCACUGCAGAAUAAGUUCGAUGAUGAUAUUCCCAGUGCACCACCCUUGGGCUCUUUCCAGCACAGCAGUCAAGUUUCUCAAAAGCUUCCAACUUCUAGAGCUGAUGGUAGCCCUUCGUUAGCAACGUCCGGUGGUUCUGCAACCGAGGUUGAACCUAUCGUGUAUAAGAGCAACAAAUCAGGUGCAACAGAAGUUAAUAAUCCUGAAGCUCCCGUGAGGACUGCUGCUCUAUCUUCUAAUUCUGUACCUGCUCGAUAUCCUACAUUUCAUGCAAGUGGGCUAGGUUAUUGGUAUGGUGUUCUCUCCUAUGAUGCUUGUGUGCGGCUAUGUCUUCACUCCUGGGCCAGGGGCUGCAUGGAAGCUCCAACCUUUUUGGAAAAUGAAUGUGCACUUCUGCGGGACGCGUUUGGGUUGAGACACAUAUUGUUACAGUCAGAGGAAGAACUAUUGAGAAAAGAGUCUUCAGAACUUGUCAGCGAAGGAGCUGCUGUGAAGACUAAGAAAACCAUUGGCAAGAUUAAAAUUCAAGUGCGUAAAGUGAAAAUGGGUUUGGAGCCACCAACUGGGUGUGCAUUUGCAUCUAUAAAGUCAUCAUCCAUGGUGAAGUUGGAGUCGCUUCAGCUUCGGCUAUCCAAUGUAAAAUCAAUAGUCUGUUCGGAGAGGAAAGCAUUACGAAGAGAACGAGUAACUCCAGUCAUGACUGUGAAUGGUUCUUUAUUCCAUCAAAGAAUGGCAUACAUUAUUGUUGGAACUCGUAGGUACUUAAAAGAAGUGCCUGAGCUCAUUAAAAUUGGUUUUAAUGCUUGGCGGAGCAGUUCAUCAUCUUAUGAAGUCGUACAAGAAUCAUAUUCCUGUUUGUUGAGACUGAAAAGUUCUCCUGAAGAGGAUGCAGUGAGAAUGCAGCCAGGAUCUGGUGAAACUCGUGUAUUCUUGCCAGAUGGACUUGGGGAUGAUCUGGUAAUUGAAGUCCAUGAUUCAAAAGGGAAGUACUGUGGCAAUGCUGUACUUCAGGUGGCUGAUAUUACUGACGAAAUGGGGGAGAAGCUGCGCUCAUGUUUUUUAUAUCAUGAACCAGAACAUGAGCAAGUUGGGAAAGUACAGUUAUAUAUUAAUUAUUCAACUACACCAGAUGAAAAUAGUCACAAGUGUGCAUCUGUUGCGGAAACUAUUGCAUAUGACUGUGUUUUGGAGACUGCGAUGAAAGUCCAACAGUUCCAGCAAAGAAACUUGUUGCUGCAUGGUCCAUGGAGGUGGUUGGUGACUGAAUUUGCAUCUUACUUUGGAGUUUCAGAUGCAUAUACAAAGCUUAGAUAUCUUUCAUAUGUUAUGGAUGUCGCCACACCAACUGCAGACUGUCUAGAUUUGGUGCAUGAUUUACUGCUGCCUGUGGUAAUCAAAGGCAAAACUAGGCACACACUGAGUCACCAAGAGGUCCGAAUCUUGGGGGAAGUGUCUGAUGAGAUUGAACAGAUACUUACUUUGGUUUUCGAGAAUUACAAGUCGCUCGAUGAAUCGGUACCCUCAGGAAUAGUAGAUGUGUUUGGACCUGCUACAGGAGUGCCAGCUCCAGCUCUAGCUCCUGCUUUGAAACUUUACAAACUUUUGCAUGAUAUACUUUCACCUGAGGUGCAGUCGAAAUUAUGCAGAUACUUUCAGAAUGCUACGAAAAAGAGAUCUAGAAGGCACUUAUCGGAAACGGAUGAGUUUGUUUCCAACAACAAUGAGAACAUAUUGAUGGAUCCAGUGGCUCUUUCUACAGCUUAUAAGAAAAUGAAAUCACUUUGUUUGAAUGUUCGAAAUGAGAUAUUGACUGAUAUUGAAAUCCAUAAGCAGGAUCUUCUUCCUAGCUUUAUAGACCUUCCAAACCUUUCCUCCUCAAUAUACAGCACAGAGCUCUUCAGUAGAUUAAGGGCAUUCCUUGUAUCAUGCCCGCCUUCUGGACCAACACCUCAUGUCGUAGAACUUGUAAUGGCUACUGCUGAUUUUCAAAGGGAUCUUGCUUUGUGGAAUAUUAGCCCCAUCAAAGGCGGAGUUGAUGCAAAAGAGUUGUUUCAUGUGUAUAUAACCCUCUGGAUCCAAGAUAAGCGUCUUGCAUUACUUGACUUUUGCAAGCUAGACAAGGUAAAGUCUUCCAGCUUCCCGACGCAGCACGCCACAACUUCUUUCAUUGAUGACAUUUAUGACCGCUUAAAGGAGACACUUUCUGAGUACGACGUCAUAAUAGGUCGCUGGCCAGAAUACACUUUUACGUUGGAAAAUGCCAUAGCAGAUGUUGAGAAGGCCGUUGUGGAAAGCUUGGAGAGGCAAUAUGCAGAAAUUUUAUCUCCGCUGAAAGAGAACACAAUGCCUAUGAAAUUCGGUCUUAAAUAUGUCCAGAAGUUUGCUAAGGGGAAUGUUUGCCCUUACAGUGUUUCCACCGAGUUGGGAGUCCUGUUGAAUUCCAUGAAAAGAAUGCUUGAUACUCUGAGGCCCCAAAUAGAAGCACAACUUAAACUGUGGGGUUCUUGCAUACCUGAAAGUGGGAACAUGGUUCCCGGAGAGUGUCUCAGCGAAGUGACUGUGAUGAUUCGGUCCAAAUUCAGAGCUUAUGUGCAAGCAGUUAUAGAUAAACUUGUUGAGAAUACAAAAUUGCACAAUGCCACAAAGCUCAAAAAGAUAAUUCAAGAUGCUAAGGAAAAUGUGGUAGAGUCUGAUUUACGACGGAGGAUGCAACCAUUGAAGGAGUUGCUUGCUGGCACUAUUGAUCAACUGCAUGCAGUUCUUGAAACCCAAGUUUUUGUAAUUGUUUGCCGAGGUUUCUGGGACCGCAUGGGUCAGGACAUGCUAAAGUUUCUGGAAGACAGGAAAGAGAACAGAUCUUGGUAUAAAGCUUCACGGGUUGCAGUAACAGUUUUGGACGACACAUUUGCUUCGCAAAUGCAACAGCUGCUCGGCAACGCACUACAGGAGAAAGACGUGGAACCCCCACGAUGCAUCUUGGAGGUCCGGUCGAUGCUCUGCAAAGACGGCAUGAACCACAAGGAAAACAACUACUACUAUUAGGAGAUUUAGACGGCUCAUGAAACAGAAGCUGAACUGCUGUAAAUGACGGGAUGGAAUCUUGGAGCUCGAUAGCACGACUCAAGAUGGUUCGACGGCUGGGAAUUUAAAUUUAAGUUUUGAGAGGGUGAGGGAGAGGGAGUUUGAUGAUGAAGAGAGAAAGCCAACACUCAUGGCUUCAUGUUUUCUAAUGUUCUCUAAGGCUCUAUGCACAGGUUUUUUCUACUGAGGAGGAAAUGUAAUUAUAGGAAGUCAAUAGUCUUCAUUUGGGGAAAUUCGGUAAUUUAAUAUUCUUUUUUUGUAUGAUAAUUUGUUAAAAAUUCAUUUUUUUCAAGUUAAAGAAAUAUAAUAUCUUAAUAU